CACGUCCUUAACUAAAAUGCCUCAACUUGUAUAUAUAUAUUCUUCGAUCCACGUCCGGCACUAAACUUAUAACCUAUAAUCAAUCUCCUCUAAUAUGUCACAAUAUUAAGUAUUACCAAAUGAACCUUUAUUUGUCGAUCAUUCAUCUGAUUAUUAUUUUUUUCUAAUGAAGAAAUUAAUCGAAUUCAGCCAUGGCCUCUGCCUCAUUUUCCUCUGUUUUUGUCUUAUCGCGAUGCGUGCCACAUCACAAUCAGAAACAACACCAUCACCACCACCAUCAUCAUUUUCAUUUGACACGAAAAUAAAAAUCAGCCCACCGACGGCCAUCAUUCUAGUUACACUUAUCAGUGUUUUCUUCGCUAUGGGCAUUGUUUCAGUCUACGUCCGUCAAUGUGCCGAGCGUCGCUUCGCCAACGACUUCGAAUUCGGAGACGAAGAUUCUGGACGACGCGGCGCUCGAGCGCGUGGACUAGACCCAGUCGUAAUUGCCUCUUUCCCUAUGUUUGUUUACUCUGAUGUUAAGGAUCACAAAAUUGGGAAAUCAGCAUUAGAAUGUGCAAUUUGCUUAAACGAAUUCGAAGAUGAUGAAACUCUUCGACUUCUUCCUAAAUGCUCUCACGUUUUUCACCCAAAUUGCAUUGACGCUUGGUUAUUUUCUCACAUUACCUGUCCUGUUUGUCGUGCCAUUUUAAUCCUGAACCCCGGCGAUUUUAAAAUCGCCGUUCCGGGUCACUACCCAAAUUCUGAGUCAUCCGACACAGAAUUCGGAAACCCGGUCCAUGAGAUAAAUGACUCAGCAGUCAUAGAUAUCAACAACAUUGCUUCACCUGAAGUGAUAAAUAUAGCGCAAACACCUGUACUUAAUCGUCCACCAAGGGCAACUUCAAAAAUUACUGGAAAAUUUCCGAGGUGUCAUUCGACGGGUCACUCACCGGUUCAACCCGGUGCAGAUUGUGAGCGGUUUACUUUAAGGCUACCUGAGGAGUUUCGAGAGAAAUUUAUUAAUUCAGGUUCAAUUCGAGCACAAAGCAACUCGUUGUUUCCAAGCGAAAGAAGUAUGACAAAAGGUUACAGAAGUAGUAGCGUGGGUACCGGUUCAGCCCGGAUUAAUCAUGAGAAUUAUGAGCGGUUUAAUGAGGAAGGCCGGGCAGACCGGUGGGGGUUUAUAACAGUUCCACCUUUCUUUUCGAGGGGCGGUUCAACCCGGUCUUCUAAGGAUGGUAACGGAGUUGGAGAUGAUUUAACGGCAGUUUCCAAGAAUUUGUUUAAGUCCGUUAAGUCGCCGUUUGAUCGCAUUUUUGAGAAAGAUAGUAGCGGUGAACGAUCGUUUAAUAAACUUAGAUCAGGUAGUUCAAGUAUUUGAGAGAUACUUAUAUGAUAUUCUUUUUAAACAUUAAUUUCGUUACACUAAUUUUGUAUAUACUCAAAUUUAAAAUAUUUUUUUAUGAUAUUAUCUUGUUAUCAUUUCAAUUUAUAUGACAGAGGAAAAGAAUAGAAAUGAAGAAAUUUAAUUGUUUAGGGUCAAA